GCUGGCUGGCGGGCGGGCAGGUGGGGGUCCAGCGCCGGCCCAGGGCUUUCUGGGCCUCUGUACGCCCUCGGACCGACCCAGCCCGGGCUGGCAGAGGCGUGCAGGACGCAGACGGUGUCGUCCAGGCGUGCGCACUGAAGCUUAGCAAGGUGAUCAGAGAGCAGAGAAAGCCCCUGGGAGACCCUGUGAAGCUCCUGCCCUCUGCCCACCUUGGACCACCUGAACUGGUUCCCCCUCUGGGACAGACUGAAGGCCCACCUUGAGAGGAGCAGUCACAUCAUCCUUCCGCUGCCAAGUACAGACGUGGACCAGGGUGUGGGCGGGCCUGCCCCCCUGCAGGUCUGGCUGCUCCAGCAUGGAUGGAUUCGUGGAAUUUCCUCCCAGCCCCACCAAGGAGCCCAUGGAGCCCCAGGCCGGCCAGGCCUCGAUGCAGGAGGACAUGGACAUGAGCAGCGGCUGCAGUGGAAACGAGGCCCCUGAGAACAGCUCCACGGGGCAGGACUCUCAGGGCAGCGACUUCGACGACCACAGGAAGGAGCUGGGGAUGAUAGUGGAGCCACCCAACCCCCAGAGCGCCUUUAGCCUGAUGCUGGCGGAGCCUGAGCCCAACUUAUCUACCAGUGGCUGCAGCAGCAAAGGGUCUCCCAAAGCAGACACACACAAGGAACUGAUCCGAACACUGCGGGAACUGAAGGUCCACCUCCCAGCUGACAAGAAGGCCAAGGGCAAGGCAAGCACGCUGGCCACCCUGAAGUACGCCCUGCGGAGCGUAAAGCAGGUGAAAGCUAAUGAGGAGUAUUACCAGCUGCUGAUGUCCAGCGAGAGCCAGCCCUGCAGUGUGGAUGUGCCCUCCUAUACCGUGGAGCAGGUGGAGGGCGUCACCUCCGAGUAUAUGGGGAAGAACUCAGAUAUGUUUGUCGUGGCCGUGUCCCUGGUUUCGGGGAAGAUCCUGUACAUCUCUAGCCAGGUGGCGUCCAUAUUUCACUGCAAGCAGGACACCUUCAGCGAUGCCAAGUUUGUGGAGUUCCUGGCGCCCCAUGAUGUCAGCGUGUUCCACAGCUGCACCACCCCCUGCAGGCUUCCGUCCUGGAGUAUGUGCAGUGGAGUCGAUUCCUUCACUCAGGAAUGCAUGGAGGAGAAGUCUUUCUUUUGCCGUGUCAGCGUCGGGAAGAACCAUGAGAAUGAGAUCUGCUACCAGCCAUUCCGCAUGACGCCCUACCUGGUCAAGGUGCAGGAGCCACUGGGGGCUGAGAGUCAGCUGUGCUGUCUGCUGCUGGCGGAGAGAGUGCACUCCGGCUAUGAGGCCCCUAGGAUUCCUCCUGAGAAGAGGAUUUUUACAACUACACACACGCCGAAUUGCUUGUUCCAGGAUGUGGAUGAGAGGGCAGUUCCCCUCCUGGGCUACUUACCUCAAGACCUGAUUGAGAAGCCUGUACUCCUGCAGCUGCAUCCCAGCGACAGGCCACUGAUGCUGGCCAUCCAUAAGAAGAUCCUGCAGUCCGGUGGACAGCCCUUUGACUAUUCUCCUCUCCGGUUCCGCGCCCGGAACGGGGAGUACAUCACACUGGACAGCAGCUGGUCCAGCUUCAUCAACCCCUGGAGCCGGAAGAUCUCCUUCAUCAUCGGGAGGCACAAAGUCAGGGUGGGCCCUUUGAAUGAGGAUGUGUUCGCGGUGCUCCCUUGUGUGGAGGAGAAGGCCCUGUACCCCAACAUCCAGGAGCUGACGGAGCAGAUACACAGGCUGCUGCUGCAGCCUGUGCCCCACAGCGGCUCCAGUGGCUACGGGAGCCUGGGCAGCAAUGGAUCCCACGAGCAGCUCAUGAGUCAGACCUCAUCCAGCGACAGCACUGGCCAUGAGGAGGCCCGGCACCGGAGAGCCGAGAUUUGUAAGAACAGUAACAAGACCAAAACCAAAGGUCAAUUUCCCCAUGAGUCUGGAAAACAAAAGAAAAAGUCUGUUACAGAACUGCAAAGUAGUGCCUUGGCUCAGGUGAAAGCAGUGCCUGUCGCAGAGGACAGCUCUGGGGCCAGCUUGCCCAAGAUAGGCUUCCCUGAGGAGCUGGCUUGCAAGGACCAGCCCACCUGUUCCUACCAGCAGAUCAGCUGCCUGGAUGGCGUCAUGAGGUAUUUGGAGAGCUGCACUGAGGCCACCACCCUGAAGAGGAAGUGCGAGUUCCCUGCAAACAUCCCUUCCCGCAAGGCCACGGUCAGCCCCGGGCUGCACACUGGAGAGGCCACCUCCAAGGUGAGCAGCCAUGCAGAGGUGAGCGCCCGCCUGAGCUCACUGGCACUGCCUGGCAAGGCCGAGAGUGUGGUGUCCCUCACCAGCCAGUGCAGCUACAGCAGCACAAUCGUCCACGUCGGGGACAAAAAGCUGCAGCCAGAGCUGGAGACAGUGGAAGAUGCCACCAGUGGGCCUGAGUCCCUGGAUUGCCUGCCAGGUGGCCACAGCCAGGAGAAGGGGCCCCUUCAGAGGCUGGGUCUUACCAAGGAGGUGCUGGCCUCACACACACAGAAGGAGGAGCAGAGCUUCCUGCAGAAGUUCCGUGAGGUACGGCGGCUGGGCAUCCUGCAGGCCCACUGCCAGCACUACCUGCAAGAGAGGACCCGGGGGCAGUCAAGCGAGCGCGUGGCUCCUGGACUAAGAAAUGCUGCUGGAAUAGAUUCUUCUUGGAAAAAAACUGGCAAGAACAGAAAACUGAAGUCCAAAUGGGCCAAGCCUCGUGACUCCUCCGAAAGCACGGGAUCUGGAGGGCCCCCACCGCCCCGACCCCCACUAGUGGGCCUGAAUGCCACUGCCUGGUCACCAUCAGACACAUCUCAGUCCAGCUGCUCUGCGGUGCCCUUCCCUACCCCUGUGCCCUCUUACUCCCUGCCCGUGUUCCCAGCACCAGGAAUAGUGCCUGCACCAGGGGCAACCCCGCCAGCAGUGCCCCAUGCCAGCUUCCCAGUGCCCACAGUGGCCAUGGGCACCCAGCACGAGUUUGCAGUGCAGCCCCUGCCUUUUCCCGCCCCCAUGGCCCCUGUCGUGGCCUUCAUGCUCCCCAGCUACCCCUUCCCAGCCACCACAAGCCUGCCCCAGGCCUUCUUUCCAGGCCACCCCACGCUCCCCUCUGAGAUGACUCCUGCCUCGCAGCCCGAGUGCCCCAGUCAGACCUCACUCCCCCAGCAGCCGUGCUCCUGCCCAGCUACCCCUGCCACCCCACCAGCAGCCACUUUGGCCACAAGCAGAGCUUCCCCACCGCUCUUCCAGUCCCGUGGCAGCUCGCCCCUGCAGCUCAACCUGCUGCAGCUAGAAGAGGCACCUGAGGGCAGCACAGGGGCCACAGGGACAGUGACAGCUGGCCCAGACUGCACACCUGCUCAUGAUCGGCAGCCUAAAGCACCUCCAACACACGAUGAACCCUCAGAUGCUCAGAACAGUGAUGCCCUUUCCACGUCCAGCGACCUGCUCAACCUCCUGCUGAGCGAGGACCUCUGCUCGGCCACAGGGUCAGCGCUGUCUGGGAGUGGGGCCUCCGCCACCUCGGAUUCCGUGGGCUCCAGUUCACUGGGUUGUGAUGCAUCCCGAAACGGGGCAGGCAGCAGUGACACAAGUCACACCAGCAAGUACUUUGGCAGCAUCGACUCCUCAGAGAACAACCACAAAGCAAAAGUGAACGCGGACGCGGAGGAGAGCAAGCAUCUCAUCAAGUAUGUCCUGCAGGACCCCAUCUGGCUGCUGAUGGCGGACACCAAUGACAGUGUGAUGAUGACGUACCAGCUGCCCUCCCGGGACCUGGAGUCGGUGUUAAAGGAGGACAGAGAGAAGCUGCAGCUGCUGCAGAGGUCUCAGCCCCGAUUCACGGAGGGCCAGAGGCGGGAGCUGCGAGAGGUGCACCCGUGGGUGCAGACAGGUGGUCUGCCUGCAGCCAUCGAUGUGGCGGAAUGUGUUUACUGUGAAAACGAGGAGAAAGGCAACUUGUGUGUGCUGUAUGACGAGGAUGUUCCCUCCAUGGGGCUCAGCGAUGCCUUAGACACCAAAGAGGAAGAGAAGGGACAUCCUGUGGGUCACAAGGAGGAGCAGCUGUAACUCCUGUGACUGUGUGAUCAACAUUAGAUGGUGCUUGGAGACGUUUGCUUCUGAUGAUUGGACAUAUUUACUUAUGUUGCUUUUUUUUGUUUGUUUUAGAAAAAAACCAGCUUUCAGAAGCUGUGACUUCAGGCUGUAAGGGGGUGGGGCUUGAGGGAUGGAGCGAGGCUCAGGUUGCUGUGGACCUUGAAGGGACUGAGUUCUCUGAGCACAUGGAGGUGGCUCCUAUGUCCUCAGACAUCCCCUCUGUGACAGGACAUCCAUCCAGUGUGCCAGCACCUACUGGCCCCUGAAGGUGUCCCCAGGCAUAGGAACAGGCUGCAACAGACCCCCAGGAAGCCACUACAGCUCUGAGCGGAAGCUUCCAGCUUUGUUUGUCCCCGGUGCAUUCAGUUUGGGUCAAAUGUCUGUCCUCGGGACUGUGUUUGCUGGAGUUGUCGCCGGAGGUGUCACUGGUGCAGGCAGGUGUCUGCUGGCACUCAUCAGCCGAUCCUGGUCUCUUCUGGAAUUUCCUGGAAAGUUCGAAGCAGUGCAACUGCCCAGCGUUACCUCCCGUCCCACGGGGUGGACCUUCCAGUGGGACUCGACUUUUGUUGGCACGGAGCUGGCUCUGGGCGACGCAGCCUAAGGGUCUGUGUGUGUGUGUGUGACUAAUUCCAGGGAAUUCAUACCCACACGGACCCUCGGUGUAUUUCUGCACCAUUCACAUAGACUUUUUAGACCAUUGUGGCUGACGCAUAGAGGAGGACACGUUGUCAGCCGUGUUGUGUCUUCACAAUGAGCUCCCACUGUGAACUUUGGCGGUGGCAUUAGGGACCUGCUGUGUUGGUUUCUCCCUCGAAGUCUCAGAGCUUAGCUCCAGCCUGGCAGAGUUAAAGCCACUUUCGCAAAGAGGAGCCCAUGCCCACUGGGAGCCGGCUGACCAUACCUGUGGCUUCUGGGUCCCUUGCACUCACCCUGCCCUGCACACCCAUGAGCCUGGCCGGCCAUGAUGUGUAGCUUCUGGCCUCUGUCCUGGCACCGGUGUUGGCAUUUAGGUCAUCAGAACCCGGGGAAAAGGAGGCCACCCCAUCCAGCUUUACCAAACCACACACUGCACUAGACUUCCUGGAGACCACCUGGGAAAGCCUGACAUCGGUGCCUGGUGUGAAGCAGAAGGCACCGCUCUCAGCCACCUGGCUUAAAACUGCCCAAGUUCUGACCUGGAAAGGAAGCAGGUUGUCCGGCCCCUCAGUAGAGACAUGGCUUUGGGAAAGGUGGCCACUGCUUGUCCACAGCUGACUUUCAUAGUAAACCGCUUCACACCUGAAUAUUAAUCCUACUUUUUAUAAAUGCAAGAACUUUGUUUUUUGUUUGUUUGAUUUUUGAGACAGGAUCUUGCUAUGUAGCUCAGGCUGGCCUUGAACCCAUUGCGUAUCUCAAGCUGGCCUCAAACACAAUGAUCCUCCUGCCUCAGCCUCCUAAGUACAGAAUACUUCCAUGUUUUAAUUUAUAAGACAAUAUCACCUGAAGAUGCCAGGAGAAGCCAGGAGCCUGCACUUUCCUAGAAGUUAAAUGUUACAGGUGACUGCCUGCCUAUCUCCACAGCCAGGGGUAGAUGAUCACCUAAGGCUGCACUUACCUUAACACAAAACUGCCAAAACAUCCUCUCUGCUGUCACAAAUGUUUACCCUCAGCGUUAUUUUACUAUUUAAUGUAUGUUCAUGAUUGUUAACUGCUAGGGCACUGACUUAACAGGACAGCGUCAUGGAUCUGUUUACAUGCUGCCAGGCCGGGUCGUGGUUUUUUUUUUUUUUGGUGUGUGUGCUUACACGGAUGUCACAGGACCUCCUCUCUAUUUAAACUGAGCCUUCUUUUCAUCUAUUCCUGACGAGGUCCAUGAGUAUACACUCAGAGUUUGUGUAAUGGUUUGUUGAGCCUUGCCGGACAAGUGGUUUGUUCGUGUGCAAACCAAACUUCCCUCACCCAGUGCAAUAUAUUCGUGUGACUGCUUGUGUCUUUUUAUGACUUUUUUGCCUUUUAGAAAUAAAGCAGGUAUAUUUUUAUUUUCA